UAAUUGCUCGUUGCAGUGGUGGAAAUAACUUCAUGUACUUCCCAAUUUGGUUGCCCUUCCCUCAUGGAAGUCACCGAGGGCCACGGCAGCACCUGUUAACAGCUCACUGCUCACUGAUUACUGUUCCCUCAUGAACCACAUGUGAUACUGAGGUCCACACAGACACACGUCAAUGUCUUCCACAGUCUUUCCUGACCAGGAAUAGCUGUAAUCUGUCAUUAAUUACGACAGAUUGGUGUUGAGUGUUCACUGGUAGUAACUGGUGUCCACGAUGAGGAGGUCAUUCACCACCAGCACCAUAAAAGGUCUUGGGGCAGACAUUUCUAAACUCUGGGGGGAAAGUCUGUCCUGGAGUAAAAAUGUUGGGGGGACCACGUCUCCCAUUCUGCAGUAACGGCUGUCACGGUUCUUGUCCUCUGUGGUGUUUGAACAACCAGCACAAGAUGGCCAGCAAGUUAACACAGGAACAGAUCACAGAGUACAAAGGGGUUUUUGAGAUGUUUGACGAAGAAGGAAACGGCGAUGUGAAGACGCUGGAGCUGGAGCGACUGAUGAGUUUAAUGGGAAUCAAUCCAACAAAAAGAGAGCUCCGUCAGAUGGCCAAAGACGUGGACAAGGACGGAAACGGGGUUUUUAACUGCGACCGUUUCCUGGGUCUAAUGGCUCUGUACCAUGAAAGAACGAAGAACCAAGACGCUGAACUUCGAGCUGCUUUUAAAGUCUUUGAUAAAGAGGCCAAGGGAUACAUCGACUGGAACACCCUCAAGUAUGUGUUGACGAAUGCAGGAGAACCACUCAACGAGAUAGAAGCGGAGCAGAUGAUGAAGGAGGCAGACAAAGAUGGAGACGGAACCAUUGACUAUGAAGAGUUUGUGGCCAUGAUGACUGGGAACCUGUUCAAAAUGAGCUGAAGACUGAAAAUAGAAACAAGUCGAUAUCAUUAUAUCUGACGUCUGUGAUACUUCUGUUUUUAAAUCAAACCUUUCACAGUAAAAAUACACUUUUCAAACCA